AUGGCGGCGGCUCUGUCGGGCCUGGCUGUCCGGCUCCCGCGCUCGGCCGCCGCGCGCUCCUAUGGGGUCUUCUGCAAGGGGCUCACCCGCACGCUGCUCAUCUUCUUCGACCUGGCUUGGAGGCUGCGCAUCAACUUCCCCUACCUGUACAUCGUGGCGUCCAUGAUGCUCAACGUGCGCCCGCAGGUUCAUAUUGAAAUCCACUGAAGGUCAUUCCUUGACUGACAGGCGUCACCCCAGCUCACUGUAUCAGAGGACACGAAGCAUGGGGGGCAGAAGAGGGACCCUGGACACCUGCCUGGCAAACGUGAAGUGUUCUGGAGGAGGUGACCUGGACAAACUCUUAAGUGGCCUUAAGAAAAGAACCCAGAGGGGGAGCCCCUGCCCAGCAGUGCCUUCCAAGAAGGACCAGCCUGUGGUUGGAGCCAAUGGAAAAUCACAGGAUGAGGCAGUCUCCUUGGAAAUGAAGAGUGACCUGAGCUGCGCCGAUCAUUUGCUUCACAGUGGCGACAAACUGCAUC